AUGGGCCUCAUCGGUCUGUCCCUCCUCGUCGCCUCUGUUGUCUACGUCAUCAUCCGCCCGCCGUCAUGGCUCCCAUCCACGCUCCUCUCGUGGCUGCGGCGCAGUCCGGCCACGAUAUCUGAUGCGCGCCGGCGCGACGAACAAGACCAGUCGAAACGGACACCGCCAACUCUUCCUCCGCCGCUAGCACCGGCCGCCCCGACCAUGGUAGAGCCCCACGAGGCCGAUCGCGCCGCGCCGCCGCCGCCGCCGAUACCGACGCUCACCAUUGGGCAACUACCUUUCAUCGCCGUCGGGCAAGACGAGGAGCCCGAGUCUCCAACGACGCCGAAAGCAAAGGCCAUGCAGCCAGUUGCAAGCAUGCCGCUGCCGCCGCCGACCUUUUCCCUCUCGACCGAGUCGAUGCCGCCGCCACCUCGACCAACCGCUUCCACAUCAUCCUCCGCAUCGGCCUCGUCCAUGAUGCCUCCCCCGCCACCGCGACUCUCUGCGCCCGCGCGUCCUCCCACGCUCGGCCAGUUCCCCGCCGCCAACUCGGCCCAGCGCGCGCGCGGGCCCGUCCCCAACCGCGGCCGUCCAUCCUCCUCCUCCUCCAUCACCGGCGGCGGCCUCGCCCCGCCGCCCACGCACACGUCGAUGCCCUCCAAGCCGAGCCGGCAGGUCACGCUCGAGCCCGGCCACUCGCCGCUCGACUGGGCGCGCCUAUCAGGCGGCCCCAGCGCCGACCUGCGCGGCGUCGACGCGUCGACCCCGUACCUGCGCGUCACCCCGUCCAUGCUCCGCCGCCAGACGGGCCGCAAGGGCAAGGACGCCUGGAUGGCCCUCAGCGGCAAGGUCUACAACGUCACCCCGUACGCCAAGUUUCACCCGGGCGGCAUCCCGGAGCUCAUGCGCGGCGCCGCGCGCGACGGCACCCGCCUGUUUGGCGAGGUCCACCCCUGGGUCAACUACGAGAACAUGCUGACGGCGUGCUUGGUCGGCAUCCUGGUCGACGAGCCCGAGCCUUCCGCUGGCCCGCCGCAGAGCGACAUGGAAGCGAUGGAUUAA